AUGACGGAUAAAGGAAAUGACGAAGCGGUGCCAAGAGUCACCGAACAAAUGAGAGAAGUGAUUGCUGAAGAGGUAGGAAAAGCAAUCGAGAAUAGUUUGUCGGGUUUCAUUGAUAAAAUCCAAACCACGGUGUUAUCAGUGGUGGAUGAAAGGAUAAAGAAAUUGGAGGAUAAUGCAAGUUCAGCCAAGGAGAAAUUGGUAGAGCGUAAGGGUUGCUCGUACAAAGAAUUUAUGGCAUGCAAACCACCACUCUACAACGGAGAAGUGGAUCCGAUAGUGUGUCAAAGGUGGUUAAGUGAUAUAGAAGGGGUAUUUGAGAGAACCCACUGUGACGCAAAUGACUUCGUGGCGUAUGGCACAGGUCAACUGAGAGGACAAGCAAAAGACUGGUGGGAUAAUAAGAAAAAGGAAAUCGGUAGUGAAGAAGCGAAGGCGAUGACAUGGGAUGAGUUUAAGGUACCCUUCCUUAAACAUCACAGUCCCAAGGCGGUUAUUAAUCGAAUCAAAGAGGAAUUUAUCCAGCUUAGGCAGAAGGGCGAGUCCAUUGAUAAAAUCACGGGAACUUUUCUUGACAAAUUAAGGUUUUGUGAUGAAUUGUUCAUGACUCCCUCAAAAUACGAAACCCUCACCGAAAUCAUCAACGCCGCUCGGGAAAGAGAGAUAGAGUUGAAGAAACAAGUUGAGAGGGGUGAAAGAAGGGCGCAAGUGGUUAAUCCAAGUCCUACUAAAAAGGCACGCGUAACCGACUCAUCAAAGAAGCAAGAAGGAAAAAGUAACUCGCCAAGCUGUAAGGUAUGUGGGAAAGGGCACAAGGGAGAGUGCCGGUUUAAGGACAAGCCGUGUCCUAUAUGCGGGAAGACAGGGCACACGGCUGUAUUGUGCCCGGGGAAAGUUUCGGUAUGCUACAAAUGCUAUCAGCCGGGUCACAAGAAAUCCGAGUGUCCGGAAUUGUCCGGAAAGAAGGAAGACAAGGGUGCGCACACUGAAGCACCAAAAGCAAAAGCUAGAUCUUUCCAGCUAACGGCAGUGGAGGCGAAAACGGAGCCCGAUGUGGUCUCAGGAAGGAAAACCGGUUAUGUGCUCGAUGAUAAAAGCUUACAAGCUCAUGAAGCACGGAUGUAG